AUGGAUAGGUUAACAUUUUGGAAGCUGGUGAAGAAGAAGAUAUCAGCAGAGGGUUACAAUGCAGUCCCCCAUAUGUGCCAAUUGGUGUGCAGAAGCCUAUGGGUUUUCUAUGGUUUUCUUGUUCCAUUUGAUGGUUUACUUAUUAUCACAGUAAAUUCUGUUGGUGUGCUCUCCCAAAUUAUUUAUGUCAUAAUUUACCUCGUUUAUGCUCCCAUGGAUAAAAAGAUAAGUGUGAUUAAGACGAGAAGUGUGGAAUACAUGCCAUUCAUAGUCUCACUUUUCUUGCUUCUAAACGCGGCUGCAUGGUUUGCAUUUGCUAUGUUUCUUAUGGAUCUUUAUAUCAUUGUGCCAAACGUAAUUGGAAUCAUGUCGGGCAUAGCUCAACUUAUUAUUUACAUGAUUUACAAGAAGAAAUCGAGUAAGGUGAUAUCAACUGAAAUGGCGGAGGUUCAUGAAGAAGGCAUCAAUGUGGAAGAGUUGAAGGAGACUUCAGAUAAUAAUGCCAGUAAACAUACAUCUCCUAGGGCUAGGAGGUUAUCAAGCAUUCGAAAUAUAAUGAGAACUAUUUCCACAAUUUCAAUGAGCCAAGAUCCUGACAGCCAUUCUUCUUAUAUUCUUGUCCCAUGA